GUCAGCCGUUUCCCGGUAUCGUCGGCACGCAGCUGGUGUCGUGUGUCUGGUCAGUAGCGGAGCGGACGAUGCAGGAUUCGGCUGUUCUUUAAUAAUCCGGCAGAUUUGGAUCCAGCCUGAUUGUAAACUGUUUGUAUUGGAAUAUUUGCUUAUCAGUAUAUUCAAAAGCCUCAACACCCUGUGACUGACUGGUUUGCUGAAGACUUUCACCACACAAAACUAUUAUACACCGCCUGCAAUUUUAACAAGGUGCAAUAUGUUUUAACAAGGUGCAAGUGGAUUCUAUUUCUGACCACACAUUUCUUUUCUUAAUCCUUAUAUCUAUUUUGAUCUAUAACAAAAAUGGUCCCCAACGGAUUUUUGAGUUUUGAGGAUGAACAGUUUAUAGAGUCUUCGGUAGCCAAAUUAAAUGCCUUACGGAAAAGUGGGCAGUUUUGCGAUGUCAAACUUCAGGUUUGUGGCCAUGAAAUGCUGGCACACAGAGCUGUUCUUGCCUGCUGUAGCCCCUUUUUGUUUGAAAUAUUCAACAAUGACAACGAAGCUCAUGGCAUUUCCCAUGUGAAAUUCGAUGAUUUGAACCCGGAGGCAGUGGAAGUUUUAUUGAAUUAUGCAUACACCUCUCAGCUUAAAGCUGAGACCGAAUUAGUAAAAGAUGUUUAUUCUGCUGCAAAAAAGCUAAAGAUUGAUCGUGUAAAGCAGGUGUGUGGUGAUUAUUUAAUGUCCAAGAUGGAUGCUGAGAGCUGUAUCUCCUAUCGGAACUUUGUCAACUCAAUGGGUGACUGGCGUCUCUUAAGUAAAAUUGACACGUACAUUCAGCAGCACCUCUUGGAAAUAUCUGAUCAAGAGGAUUUUCUUAAACUUCCACGACUCAAGCUGGAGAUAAUGUUUGAAGAUAAUGUCUCCCUCCCCAGCAACAGUAAAUUGUACGCAAAGGUAAUCACCUGGGUUCAGCGCAGCAUAUGGGAAAAUGGAGAAAGCUUGGAAUCCCUGAUUGACGAGGUACAGACGUUAUACUAUUCUGCUGACCACAAGCUCCUUGAUGGGAAUCUUUUAGACGGGCAAGGUGAAACGUUUGGCAUCAAUGACGACAGUAUUCAGCUGGUUCAGAAAAAAUCACCACGUGAAAAUGAUCAUAGACACUUGAGCAGCAGCUCCUCAGGACCUCUUUCUCCUCCAAGUGCCAUGUCAUUGGGCCCAAAGCAUGAGUGGAAAAUCAUCGCUUCGGAGAAGAAAUCAACUAAAACUUACCUGUGCCUUGCAGUCCUGAAUAGCACAUUGUGUGUUAUUUUCUUGCAUGUACGCAAUACUCCUUUAAACUCUCCAUUAAACACACCACGCUUGAAAAAGAGCCUGAGUAUGGAGAUAGAGCCGGACGAUACUUUGGAGAAAGUGAUGUCUCCAAUGCAUUAUGCCCGCUCUGGUUUAGGAACCGCAGAGUUAAAUCGCAAGCUAAUAGCAGCAGGUGGUUAUAACAGAGAAGAGUGUUUACGCACAGUUGAAUGUUAUGAUCCAGAAACAGAUACCUGGACGUUUUUAUCACCCAUGAAAAUACCAAGAGCAAGAUUCCAGAUGGCUGUUGUGAUGGGUCAAUUGUAUGUUGUUGGAGGAUCAAAUGGGCAGUCAGAUGAUCUCAGCUGUGGAGAAAAAUUUGAUUUUAAAGCGAACAUGUGGACUCCUGUUCCUGAACUCAGAACGAACAGAUGUAAUGCAGGCGUAUGCGCAUUAAAUGGCAAGUUGUAUAUUAUUGGAGGUUCUGAUCCCUACGGUCAAAAAGGUCUUAAAAACAGUGAUGUAUUUGAACCAGUAACAAGGACGUGGACAAGUUGUGCCCAGCUAAAUAUUCGGCGACACCAGUCAGCAGUUUGUGAACUUGCCAAUUACAUGUAUAUCAUUGGAGGAGCGGAAUCCUGGAAUUGCCUCAAUUCCGUGGAGCGGUAUAAUCCUGAAAAUGACACCUGGACCUUGGUAGCACCUAUGAAUGUCGCCCGACGUGGAGCAGGAGUUGCAAUUUAUGAUGGAAAGCUGUUUGUAGUAGGUGGAUUUGAUGGUUCUCGAGCUCUAAACUGCGUUGAAACAUACGAUCCAGCCAAAAACGAAUGGAAAAUGAUCGGAAGCAUGACAUCGUCAAGGAGUAAUGCUGGUGUUGUGACAGUGGGAGACAGCAUAUUUGCCGUUGGUGGUUUUGAUGGAAAUGAAUUCUUAAAUACAAUUGAGGUCUUCAAUCCCGUGUCAAAUGAGUGGAGCCCAUUUACUAAAACUUGCACAUUGUAGCUAAAGCCUUUUGUUUUGUCUUUUUAUUUUUGUCCCAUCCCCUUUAAUGAAUUCUUGGCGUGUAUAAUCAGCUUGUGCUGAAAUUACUGUUUGCUGCACCAGCAACGCAGAUCUUUUUGCAUACUGUAUAUUUUUGAGACGUUGUAAAUAAUUUUUCUUGUUUCAGUAACUUUGUAGCAAAGUCCUUGAGGUAUUCUAUUAAAUAUUGCAAUCUUCACCAAAUACCACUCAGUAAUGUAGAUGAUUCAGAUUGAUCAUGUUUGUCUUCAAUUGAUCAAUUCCAAAACAUUUAAACUUAUUUUUUACCUGUAUGCAAGUGGUAUUUGUGAGUCCUUUUUCUGGUAAAUAAAAUGUUUUCAGAGCCUUAUUGGUGUUAAAAUACAGUCAUAUUUUUUUUUAUUAUUAUUAUUUAAAAACAAAAAGUGCAUAUAUGCCAAAACCAUGAAAACUUUCAGAUUGCCUUUUUAGUACAGUUUUUUUACAAAACCCUUAUAUUGGCAAACACCUUAUUGGCAUUUAAUAAGAUAUGCUGUAUGUCUCCUGAAGACCUUCAUCAAAAUGUAUAAUCCUUUUUCAUCUCAUGAUCCAAAUGAACUGUAUUCAUUAUGUUUGAUUAAUGGAAGUCAAACAACUAUAAGUUUUUAUUAACAUCUUUACGCUUAUUUUAAAAAGCAGUGAAAUUUGUGUCAGGUCUUUUACGUACAUGUCUGUUAAUGUAACACCCCAAGUGGUCAUGAACAGCAGUUAAUUAUUUAGUAAUUUAGAUCGUAGGACUGCAAAUUCACAUUUUGAGUGACUUAUUUUGUCUUGAGAAGCCAGGCAUUUUCUUUGUGCGCUGUAAGUUGAUACCAGAAACAAAUGUUUUAACAUUUUAAACCAUCAAUAAAUAGUUGGAUUUUUUUUAUCGCUAUUCUUAAAUAAAAUUUGUAAGCACAAUUCCUAAAUAAAAUUGGCUGAUCACAAA